AUGAAAUUUUGGAGUAAAAGAAACUCUGGAAAAGAACCUCCAGCUUUGUGUAAUGCAGGCUCAAUCGGAGAGGACCUCUGGAAUUGGCAAGCAACCAUUACUGGGCCUCCAAAUUCGCCUUAUCAAGGAGGAGUGUUUUACUUAAAAAUUAACUUUCCACAAGAAUAUCCGUUUAAACCGCCAAAGAUUAGUUUUAAAACACAGAUUUACCAUCCAAAUAUUAAUAAUGAGGGAUGCAUUUGUCUGGACAUUCUUCAAAAUAAAUGGACGCCGGCUUUGACUAUUUCAAAAAAUAAUUUUGGGAAUGAGGGAUUCGGCGUCAGGCCAAUACAACGACACUUUGGGAGGGCGUUGAGACGUUACAAAAAGAAUUUUCGUUGUGGUUGGAUUGGGUUGGAUCUCGUAAAAAAGUUGGGUUGGAGGCUAUUUCGAGUGCUAAGGUUCUGGAUAUUUCGAGUGCUCAGGUUUAGAUUGCGAUUCCAUGAAACAACAUCGACAAACGUUGGUGUUGACUGUUUGACAUUUGAGUCAUGUCUUUUGCUUUCAAUCUGCUCUCUUUUCGACGAUCCAAACCCAAAAAGUCCGUUGAAUGAGGAAGCUGCCGAAUUAUACGUCGAAGAUCGUGCUGCUUACAAUGCCAAGGUUCGUGAAUGGACGCAGGAAUAUGCAAUGUAA